AUGGAGUCCAGGCCUCUGUCGAUUACCCUGAUCUCGGCCAAGAACCUCAAGGCCUGCAAUGUCCACCUCGCCGCCUCCCUCUCCGGCGACGAAAGCGACGACAAGCAGCGCACCCCCGACCACAAGAAAGGCAGCACCGCCAACACCUGGUUGGGCCACACCUUCAAAUUCACCGUGGAAGAGGCCCCGCUUCUCGACACCCGCAUCGAGUUCAACAUCGAGAAGAAGGAGGCCUUCUUGAACCGCUUCUUCUGCUUCAAAAGGGGCUCCUUCUUUGGCCGCAAGACUUCUUACGUGGUCGGCAAGGUGGAUGUGCCCAUCGAGGAUCUGCGUCCGGAUGGCUCCGCCGGCGACACGAAUCCCAAGGUGCUGAGCUGCGAAGUGUGGUCCUCGUCCCCGAAGAAGACCAAGGGGAAGACCGUGGCCGUUCUCGAAUUUUCCUACAAGUUCGGCGAGCGGUUCCCCGUCGAGGCGCCCCCGGAGCUGGAGGAGGAGACAGUCACGGCUACUCCAGCUGCAGAGCGCCCUCGGACGGGGAACGCCACUCCCGCCUAUUCUUUUGGGCCCCCGGCAGGAUACGGGCCCGCAGCCCCACCGCCACUACGCCGCCCCGGCUGGAGCUUCCUGGAGAGGAUGGGGAUCGCGGUCACUGUGAACGCGAUAACAAGUGCGUUCAAUAACCUCGUAUUCGAUGGCGGGGAUUUUACCGAUACCUGA